UGUCUUUGGGACGCUAGCCGCGGACUGUCGGCUUGCAUGUUCGUCUCAAUUAAAUACUUUUGAAAUGGGAAACACCUCUUGGCAUUAACAGGCGCCAUGGGGUGUGCGCCGCUUUUCCCAAACUACACGACAGACAUUUUGAGAUGUUGCUUUCGAUCGUACUUUUGUGUGAACGCUUGUCGUUAGCAAUGGAGCUAAUGCAGGUAGAUUAGCACACAGCUAGUUUGUUAGUCAGUACUGCAAGGCCCGGACGGUCGGACGACAACAAGACGACAAAACCAUGAGACUUUUAAGGUUUCUGCGUAGCAGCGCGUCCAUUGGGAAGGACAUAGAUUAUUAUUCCAAAUUCUCGCCCUCUCCUUUGUCCAUGAAGCAGUUUCUGGAUUUCGGUUCAGAAAAUGCUUGCGAGAAAACGUCCUUCACCUUCCUCAGACAGGAGUUGCCUGUGAGGCUGGCGAACAUCAUGAAGGAGAUCAACUUGUUGCCAGAUAACCUGAUAAGAACGCCAUCUGUGCGCCUGGUCCAGAGCUGGUAUGUGCAAAGUCUCCAAGAGAUCCUCGAGUUUAAAGACAAAAAUGCAGAUGACGAGAAAGUUACUUACGAGUACGUUUUAAUUCAUUGGACUUUCAUUUUCCUCACAACUCCCCUUGUUUCAUGCGAUGUGUGUCCACCGUUAAGUUUCACAGAUGCGGUGAUCAAGAUCCGAAAUCGUCACAACGACGUCAUCCCGACCAUGGCUCAAGGCCUCGUGGAGUACAAAGAGACGCACGGUACCGACCCGGUGGUCAGCCAGAAUUUGCAAUAUUUCCUGGACCGGUUCUACAUGAGCAGGAUCUCCAUCCGUAUGCUGCUCAACCAACAUACACUCCUCUUUGGUGGGAAGGUGAAGGUCAAUCCAGCACACCCCAAACAAAUUGGCAGCAUUGAUCCACACUGUCGAGUGAGUGAGGUUGUGAAAGAUGCCUAUGAAAAUGCAAGAAACCUUUGUGACAGAUAUUACAUGAACUCUCCUGAGCUCACACUGGAGGAAUUCAAUGUGAAAGAUGAGGCGAAACCCAUCACAAUGGUGUACGUCCCAUCUCACUUGUACCACAUGGUGUUUGAACUGUUCAAGAAUGCCAUGCGAGCCACAAUGGAGCUGUACGGAGACGCCAUGGAGCAUCCUCCGAUCCGUGUUCAGGUCGGUCUGGGAACUGAGGAUCUGACAGUCAAGGUGAGCGAUCGCGGCGGAGGCGUUCCCCUGCGCAAGAUCGACAGGCUCUUCACGUACACGUACUCCACAGCUCCUCGACCGAGCAUGGAUGGGUCCCGGGCUGCUCCUCUGGCCGGUUAUGGAUAUGGCUUACCCAUCUCUCGACUUUACGCCCGUUACUUCCAAGGGGACCUCAAACUGUACUCUCUGGAGGGCUACGGGACUGACGCGGUCAUCUACAUACGGGCACUGUCCACAGAGUCCAUCGAGAGGCUCCCGGUGUACAACAAGUCAGCAUGGAAACACUACAAGACGAUGCACGAGGCCGAUGACUGGUGCGUCCCGAGUCGAGAGCCCAAGGACAUGACUACAUUUCGUCAGUUCUAGAUGGGAGCUGACGGCGGUCCUCAAGCCAAGUGUUUGUUGGUGUGUUAAUGGCAGUUUGUAUGGAAAGCUGUUUGAGCAUUUAUUCAAUAUCAGUUUUAAAGGUCCCCUUUCAUCUGAAUCAAUUUUUUCGACAGUUUUAUGCAUAACAUAGGUCAAAAUGAGUCGGUGACAGUGGUUUAAAGUUGACAUCUAUGCAGUUUGUUGUUUGAACAGCAAAAGUGCUUGCAAACAAUUUGAAAUCUCAGGCAGCUCACGGUCCCUAUUAGUCGGCCAACAAUCCAACCCUUGGUGUGCGUCACAAUAAUUUAUACACCGAACGGGCACUCGUCUGACCGACAUACCUCCACCACCUUGGUCCUCUUCAGCGGGUCAGCGGCAGCUCGUGUCUAGCAACAAUAGAGCGCUUCAGCACUCUCGCUGUGCUGUCGGUGCUGUGGCUGCUCAAAGCGCUCUCUUGCCAGCAGCCCUCUUGGGAGGACAGGUGGUGGAGGCAUGUCUGUGUGGUGCAGGUGAGGCGAGUGACCGUUCAGUGUGUAUAAUUGCGUGUAUUUAUUUUGGAGCACAAUUCAUCAAGUGUUGGAUUGUUGGCCCACUUAUCGGGAACGUGAGCUGAGAUUGGACAAGGAUGACAAUAAAAAGAGGGGCUAGUUUGAGCUUGUCAUCUGCUCCCAUUCAUUUGAAUUGAAUUGGUCCGCGAUUGCUGGUGACAAUGAAUGCAAGCUUGACUAUUUCAUCCACCACGGUUACAUUAAAAAUUAGAAAUAGUUAAGUAUUGCAAAACACAACGUGUAGACUGAAUAAGCGUUCCGCGUGUAUAAAUAACUCCCACGAUCAAACUUAUGCGAAGGAUUCAAGUCUGAACUAGGCAUCGAAAGACGUGACAGCUAUCUAGCAGAUGCCGUGGUAUAGACCAAUGAGAUCCAACCUGUUUUCCAUAUCUAAAUUAGGGAAGGGGAGGAAUCCAAUCAGAGCAAAGAUCAUUUAAAUGUCGCAUAAUCUGACCGUCUCAAAUGCCAGGAAGACAAAAAAACAACUAGAAUAACUGAAAAGGGACAUUUUUGGCAUUUCCAACCAAAACCUGAUAAAACGACAUCAAAAUUAAAUAGACAAACUAUUGAAGUGGAACUUUAAGGUCCAUGUACUCGUUACACAUUCUUUGUCACAACUAGAGUGCACUAGUAGGACAGUGACUUUUAGCCUACUUGUAUGAAAGAUAUCGAACACAUGCUCCAACAUCUUCCGAUAAGUUUCUGUGCGUGUCUAAUGUGCAAUUUCAGAUUUGUACAGAAAGUAAAAAUUUGUCAUAUAUUUCAUAGAGAACAACCUGUUUUUAUGACCGGUAGGGUUUUUAUUUUGUUUAUUAAGAUAGUGUCUCUUAUGGGGACUAUUUUUCUGUUUUUAAAUGUCAUGGUUACAUACAUCAGGCAACAAAUGUCUUCAGUGUGUUACAGUGGUUACAGUAGAAACUAGAAUAUAUGCAGGGUCAGUUGUUUUCAUUUAUUUUUUUUUAAAAUGAUGUUAACAGUAAAUCUGUCAUUGCGUUAUCAAUGUCUCUUUCUAUUUAAUAAUACCUUUCGUCGUACUAGACAGCCUCAGUCACAUCAUAUUAUGUAAUGUAGAUAAAGCAUGUUUUCAAAGUUACAGUUUUAGAAGUCUAUGGUUCAGUCGGUUUCAAGUAGAUUUUCUUUUCAGCUUUUUAACUUAACAUGAUGAUCAAUUUACUGAUUUUCCAUUUGUUCUUGACCUUUGAGGUUGGCAACAAAACUAUUGGACCACCAAAAAAAAAAAAAAAAAAAAAAAAGACAGUUCACCUAAAGUUUUUCCUAAAAACAAACUUAAGUCUGAGUUGGUGUUAACAAAUAAGAGGCAUUCAUUUCCUUUUAAACUGCAGUUUAUUUCAUUCAGGGCAGUGACUUUUUAAUGGAAACGUUUAUUUUUGUCCAAAAGCUGGAGGAUACCACAACUUCAGUAUUCUGAACUACAAAGCGACACCUUUGGCAGUAAAUUAUUAAUUACAAAUGACAAUUACCACAGAAUGCUGAGAGAUGAGCUGCUCUUAUUAUUCACAUAUAAAAAAUAAAAAAAAAACUCAUUCUGAAUUAAAAAUGUUUUUUUAAAUCUGCAGUGGCUCUCAACAGUUUAAUUCGUCAUUGGUCUAAUUUGAGAGAGAAUCGAAAGACAUAUACAAAUAGAUUUUUAGGAAUGUUUUAUUUGACCUGAAAUUAUUAUUGAUGACAAUAGUAAAAAGUGCACUCACGGUGUAAUAUGAUCAAAUGUAAGCAGUAGCAUUUCCAAUAAAUGGGCCACCGCUGUUGUCUACCAGUUUUCAGCCAAGGCAAAUCAGUAAACAAUCAUUGUUAAAAUGUGUUUGUUGAUUCCGUUUGUACCAAGAAGUGUUUCUCUGAUUCUGAAGAUGAGAGCAAAAGGUUUCUUGCUGUUUCAUACAAAAGUGUACCAAGAGAGGAAACCCUCGGGCUUGGCUGUGAACAUUCAAUAUUCCUACAGUCCUUAUCAUAGGCAGGUGUUUACUGUCCAGUGGACCUAGUGAGCGAGUUCCCCCCCCCCACCCCGCCCCCACGCCAUGAACCAUCCAUCAUGAUUCCGACUCAGCAUGUACACAUUGCGGGACAGAAGAAGCAAACAGAGCUCGGUGGUCCUUGAUUUGUGUUUCUGGCCUAACUAUUCUACUUAGUAGAAAACAUUAGAUACUAUAAAACCAACAAUGAAAUGUAAAUGAAAAAGUAAUGAAGAUAGUUGGCACAUGUAUAAAACAUUUAUACAUUUAAAACCUUGUCGUUCAUUGAAGCUUAAAAGACAAAAGUGCUUUUGACUCCACUGUACAGUACAAUACAAAGUGUUGUACAUAAAACAGCAAUGUUAUACUAGCAAAAAAUAUCACGUUUUCAUAGCAGUACACAUUGGACUUUCCUAUAAAAAUGUGCAUGAUAUAUCUGAAAACAUACUUUAUAAUUACCACUAUUAGCUU